AUGUCGUCAACGAGGCUUGUACCAAGGGAGACCAAAGACUUGACAGCAGUGUCAACGAGGCUUAUACCAAGGGAUACCAUAGACGUGACAACAAUGUCAACGAGGCUUGUACCAAGGGAGACCAUAGACGUGACAACAAUGAAAACGAGGUUUGUACCAAGGGAGACCAUAGACGUGACAACAAUGCCAACGACGCGUGUACCAAGGGAUACCAUAGACGUGACAACAAUGUCAACGAGGCUUGUUCCAAGGGAGACCAUAGACGUGACAACAAUGUCAAGGAGGCGAGUACCAAGGCAGAUCAUGUACGUGACCACAAUGUCAACUAGGCUUGUACCAAGAAAGACCAUGGACGUGACAACAAUGUCAACGAGGCUUGUACCAAGGGAGACCAUCAACGUGAUAACAAUGUCAACGAGGUUUGUAUCAAGGGAGACCAUAGACGUGACAACAAUGUCAACGAGGCUUGUACCAAGGGAAACCAUAAACGUGACAACAAUGUCAACGAGGCUUUUACCAAGGGAGACCAUAAACGUGACAACAGUGUCAACGAGGUUUGUAUCAAGGGAGACCAUAAACGUGACAACACUGUCAACGAUGCUUGUACCAAGACAGACCAUGGAUGUGACAACAAUGUCAACGAGGCUUGUACCAAGGAAGACCAUAGACUUGACAACAAUGUCAACGAGGCGUGUACCAAGGGAGACCAUAGACGUGACAACAAUGACAACGAGAUGUGACAACAAUGAAAACAAGGUUUGUUCCAAGGGAGACCAUAGACGUGACAACAAUAUCGUCAACGAGGCUUGUACCAAGGGAGACCAAAGCCUUGACUGCAGUGUCAACGAGGCUUGUACCAAGGGAGACCAUAGACGUCUCAACAAUGACAACGAGGUUUGUACCAAGGGAGACCAUAGACAUGACAACAAUGUCAGCGAGGUUUGCACCAAGGGAGACCAUAGACUUGACAGCAGUGUCAACGAGGCUUGUUCCAAGGGAGACCAUAUACGUGACAACAAUGACAAUGAUGCUUGUUCCAAGGGAGAUCUUAGACGUGACAACAAUGUCGUCAACGAGGAUUGUACCAAGGAAGGCCAUAGACGUGACAACAAUGUCAACGAGGCUUGUACCAAGGGAGAUCAUACACGUGACAACAAUGACAGCGCUUCGUGUACCAAGGGAGACCAAAGACGUGACAACAAUGACAACGAGGGAGACCAUAGACGUGACAACAAUGUCAACGAGGCUUUUACCAAGGGAGACCAUAAACGUGACUACAGUGUCAACGAGGUUUGUAUCAAGGGAGACCAUAAACGUGACAACAAUGUCAACGAUGCUUGUACCAAGACAGACCAUGGAUGUGACAACAAUGUCAACGAGGCUUGUACCAAGGAAGACCAUAAACUUGACAACAAUGUCAACGAGGCGUGUACCAAGGGAGACAAUAGACGUGACAACAAUGACAACGAGGUUUGUACCAAGGGAGGCCAUAGACGUCACAACAAUGUCAAAGAGGCUUGUACCAAGGGAGACCAUAAACGUGACAACAAUGUCAACGAGGCUUGUACUUUAGAUGUGACAACAAUGAAAACAAGGUUUGUACCAAGGGAGACCAUAGACGUGACAACAAUAUCGUCAACGAGGCUUGUACCAAGGGAGACCAAAGACUUGACUGCAGUGGCAACGAGGCUUGUACCAAGGGAGACCAUAGACGUGUCAACAAUGACAACGAGGUUUGUACCAAGGGAGACCAUAGACAUGACAACAAUGUCAGCGAGGUUUUUACCAAGGGAGACCAUACACGUGACAACAAUUACAACGAGGUUUGUAGCAAGGGAGACCAUAGACAUGACAACAAUGUCAACGAGGCUUGUAACAGGGGAGACCAUAGACUUGACAACACUGUCAACGAGGCGUGUACCAAGGGAGACCAUAGACGUGACAACAUUGUCAACGAGGUUUGUAUCAAGGCAGACCAUAGACGUGACAACAAUGUCUUCGAGGCUUGUACCAAGGGAGACAACAGACGUGCUAUAA